AUGCUUUUGCCCCUUUUAAUACUUUUUCUCGUCUCUGCAUCUGAGACGCUAAAAGUUUCAAAUGAGGUAAAAGACCUUUAUGAAAACAUAAAAAAGCUAAGGAAAAGAGUGCUUUACAACACAUAUCCGGAUUUCGUGAGUCCUUUUAUAUUCACAUUUUAAUAUUUUGGUGGAAUUUUUCUGUAAAAUAACGCUCUCCUUCAGAAUUUAGUACAGAAUUAAGUCAUUUUUUGGAGCAACUUGCUAUUUGGCAAUAACCUUGUGCACUGACAAAAACACAGAAUAAUUGUGAGAAAUUUCCCGCUAUAGCGGUUUGGGGGGGGGGGUAUGUGGAGAAAAGGCCGGGACAAGUGUUGGUAUGUCAAAGGGUGGGUAAGCCCAAUGUAGAAGUGUUUACACCUCCGUCCAUCCAAGUUUCCAGAAAACAAACAAGUGAAAUUUGUUUCCUCUUAUGAUUGUUUCUACUGCCUAAGCUACGCGGCAAUCUUAUAGACACCGUCUGUGCUACAAAAAACAUGCAGUUGUUCCAGUGUAUAAUUUCGGAUCGGGCCAUGGUCUCUUCGUCUCUUUUUAACAUAUUCCUUAGGCUGGGUAUAUAUACGAGCAGGGAAUUUUUCCAUGACACUUGUGGGACAUGCUUUAAUGGAUUUGUUUUGUGAUGGGAUGACACUUUGAAUCUCGUCAAAGCGUGGUGUGAGUGCAUAUUCUUAAUGCGAAAAAGCUGGAAUAUAAUAUUUAAAACACGUCAAAAUAGGAAAUGUUAGAAAGUGCUUGAAAUCAAAAUAAUUUAUGCUGGCUUAGCUGAAGAUUUGCAGGGAUUGUUUUUACGCAGAAGACACAAUGUGGGCUCUGUUAGCCGUAUUAAAAGCAAAGGAGUCAGAGGGGUGAUAGCUAGAGAGAUGUGUGCACACUCCUUAAUAAGGGUUAAAAAUCGUAAAUAUUAAAGAUGUAUAUCCUUCUUGAUACCCGAGUUGAUCUUUCACCAAUGUUCGCUGACCCCAGGAAUACGUUGGAUAAGUUAGGAUCACGUUGGGUAUGUAGGCUUCCCUGUAAUCAAAGCCAUAAAUAGAGGAAUGAUGGAUCUUUUUUGUUUGCAUUGACUCUGGGUUUCUCGACCUCAUCCUCAAAGUUCCCCAGGGAUUGCGCGUAGCUUCUUUCAUGCGUGUGUACAUUUGGAGAAUUUCUUUUAUAUUUUUAGGCCGACGAAUUUUACUGAAGCAGCCAAACUUCACUAAACUAUCCUGCGACUUGGUGGUGCAAACUUACGUAGGGGUCUCUAAUUUAUUUCCGUAUUAUCUGAUGUAGCAUAGCCGUAUCAAGGAAAAGUAAGUGCGCGAUUCACGGACUCAGGGAAUCACUUCCAUUUCUCUUGAGCAGGAUGUCCGGGGAAAAUAAAAUUGGUUGAGCCCCAGGUUAUAAGGCUAUAGUAAUAGCGUUGGAGUUAUCUAGCAGCGCGAAAGUUGUGAAAUAGCUUGUAUCAAUCUGAGAAAAUAUUUUUUGAGCAUCAAACGCAGGCUAAGCCUAACACAAAUUGAUAACUUGGUUAUGAACUGGGAAGAUCAUAUAGAUGCAUAAAAACAGACAUACAUUUGAACGGAAAGUGCAAUCAAUCAACCUGCGAUGAAAGCAGAAAGCCACAAAGGAAAAAAAUGGAAAGUAAAAGGGGAACUAGACUUGGAAGUCUGAAAAUAUUUAAUGAAAAUUGACAAACAGCAGCAAGGCUGGAUGAAAGAUAGGCUUUUUAAAUUCUGUCAUUAACCGCCUAGUUGGGGCGUAAUAUGACACUCAAUGGCCAGCCUACUAACACAAAAUGAUCGAUAGCAUAGUGUUCACCCUUCAUUGAACACACAAAAGUGUAUGUCCUAUUGACUCCCGCAGUGUUUAAAACGCUUUUCCAAUAAUGUUUUUUAGGAUAGUCUUGUUCGUCGAACCUAUUUAAUCGAUGUUUAAUCGAACAUAUUUGACAGCUACGUCAGAGAUAAUAUCAGUUACCACGUGAAAUAGAAAUUUCUCGUGUGUAAAUCUGUCUCACUGCUGACAUAGUUCGGCACCUUGCUUACGCCGUUGAUUAUUGGAACGUUUUAGCCUUUUAGAGUAUUCUCUUUACUAAAUUUUGCUAACGUUUGUCGGCGUACAUAUAAAAGGUCGUACAAAACCUCCAGUUCAGAAAAGCUGUGAGUUCUGUUUGCGACGUGGUUGAGGAAACAUUUACAGUACCCGAAGUCUUUUUUCAGCGACGUGAUGUAUACGUCCGCAGAUAAGAAUAUGGAUAUCGUAUUUCUUGACUGCGGCUGAUAUUGCCGAAUUAGCGAUCGUUAAAUUAUAAAGUUUGCAGCAGAAUCGUUUUUUUGUAUCUGACGCUGUGAAGCACUGGAUGCUUUGAAACGUACCGCAAGAUCCCAUUGGUUAGUCCAUAACACACCAAGCAUCACAUUUACAAACAAGAAAUAUCAUUUGCCGUCAAACAUCCGAUUUUAGUGUCAUCGCAAAAAAGUAGACACCCGUUAAAAUUGAUAUUUUGGCAAUUUUUUCUGUGAGUAGUUUGGCCAUCUUGAACUAAAGGCGUUGUCGUUGCCAAAAAAGACUUCCUGGUGACCUAAUUAGGCUGUGCAAACAAUUUACAUGUUCUCUCCAUUUUCCUGUUUGGAGCCAGAAUUGCGAAACAUAGGUAACGAAGUAUCUCCGAUUGGGGAAUCAUUAAGUGUAUUAUAUAAAUGCUCUAUUUACUCUCGGCUGUCUCACUAUGACAAUGUUUGCGACCAAAGCCCUUCUUUCCGGGUAUAAAUUGAAAAGAGGCAUGUACAGCAAGAUUUAUUGUUAUCAAUUUCUUUCGUGACGGCUUUUAAUCUGCAGCCCGUCUAUGCCUAACAACGACAGCGAAUGGAAGCGCACAGGAGUAUGAAUUUUUACAGAAUGCCGGUGCAUAAGAGCCCGUUAUAAUGCCCUUAACGUUUAAGGGUGACGACUUAUCUAACACAAUCACGCGACGCUUGCGUUGCGCCAUGAAAAGGACGUACAACGCAGCAGAACUCGUCUUCCAGUUAACGAGGCAAAGAAUACCUUGCUGAUGCACGCCACUCCAAACUGCGUGUAUGAAUUCACAUGCACUUGCGGAUGUAAGCAUGUUGGGCUUACGCGAAGGCAAUUGGCAACCAAGGCCGCUGAGCACUUGUCUACCUGACUUUUCUAACAAGAAAACAAAACGCCUCGUUCGUCUAUACCGAAACACCUGUUAGAUAGCGGUCAUGCUGUCGACCCUAAAAUAGCUUUUCGAGUACUUUUUGGAGCCCGCAUAACUCGAACCUUACGUUUCUUGGAAGCUGUUUACAUACGGCGGGAGAAACUAGACCUAUGCAAACAGUUAGACCACGUGGUUAAUCUGCAAUCGACCUCGUAACCUUCACGCCUUGAUCUACUCGUGACUGUGAUUUGUGUUAACAUCCCGUCUCCCUCUUUCCUAUAUGAUGUAUAUGCAAACGUCCUUUAUCGGAUUGUUCGUUGCAUUGAACCUUGAGCUUGCUCUAAUGCAUUGACAUUUUGUGCAAAUUCAUACUGCUGUGCGCUUCCAUCCCUUAUCUCUGUUAUGCAGAGACGGGCCGCAGUUGUCACCAAUAGUUCCUGCUGCUCAUGCCUGUUUUCGAUGUUAACGUAGUUCCAGGAUUCAGUCUUCACCAGCACUGUUUGCUUAAUAGUUUACUUGAGAGCGGAUUAGACAUCAAUGACUGUGCCUUGGUCAGAGAUAUCCGCAGGUUCAUCUUUACAUGAUGACACAGACAAACUCAGUACACAGAUCCAGAGUCAACAGUCCUGCCAGAAAAUUGGGUCAUCGGGUGAAUAGCGCCUGGCUAAUUUACCCGACAAAUACUUCGUUGACUUCAAAGAAACGUUCCAGAAUACCUUCUUUUAUUGAUCUUUGCCUUCCAUCGGCCAACUUUUUUAUCUGUUGAAAGCGAAUGACAGGAAAAGCUGACUGUAUUUGGUUAGUUCAAUUACAAACAAUCUUUAGGCUUUGCAUCCGCACACGUUUGUCUCUCCCAUGCUUUUGAUGUCAGUUCGGUUGCCAGUGAGUAUGGGAACAUCCGUUUCAUUUGCUUACCCGCGUUCGGUAAUUCUGUUGACCUGUGGCGCUGGUGAACUUGAGAAAACACGCAAGAUAUAAUUUUGUCGUCACCCUGCUUAUUUAUUAGGUUGACGUGCCGUUUUGCACUUUCAAAGCCACAUAUCCAUUACGCCAAAUCUUUUGUUCUCAUGCAAUCAUGGGACUGCAGCGCAACCAUUUGUGGAACAUUCCACUUGAUCAAGCAUAUUUUCCCGAGAAAGUAGUCAUUAUUGCAUAUAUCAAGCAGAGGCUGUUACCAAGUGGACAAAAUACAGAUUUCUGGGCUCUUGCAAGCCUUUGCAGGUUUCUGCGGAAAUUGUGUGAUGCGCCGAUUGAUACCUAGGUGUGUGCACAUGUGUAGGACACCCUGCCGGUCAGUCUUUCCCCUUGUGUUCUACGCACGGAGAUCGUUUUCUGAUAACGAUCCUUCCAGCUAAGUGUACGGAUUACAAUGUGUGCCCGAUCUCAUGAAAUGUUGGCCGAAAUUCUGCAGUACCUUUCGGAUUAGGAAUGAUAACUUAGGUGGGAUUGUAAUAUUGAUGAGCAUGCAGCAUAAUCUUUUAGUGUUUCAGACUCGCCGGGAUGUCGGCUUUUGAACGCACUCCUUUUUGACCUGCUGAAGUAACCACACUCGGAAAAAAUGACUACUUAAUUUGCAUGAAUUUUUGCUAUUGAUUUUCGACGGUCUUAUAAAUCCAAAUACAUUUUGCAGAAAAAAAUGCAUAAAAUAUGCCUUAUUUUACUCCUUUGGUAGAAAAUCACAUUAUCUCCAUAUUUUAUACCGGAAGAAAGUAGAUCUUUAGUUUUUGAAAAAGUUUCCCAAUUUCUGAAUAAUUUUGAGCCUGAUCUGCCAUUGCAUUAGCGUUUAGUGAUUUCACUCUACAAGGUGCAUGCUUUCCGCGUAAGGAAAAUCAUAUAUUCCUUUAUGCCUUUAAGAAGACGCUAUAGAGAAUUCAUGAAAUUUUGUAACGGAGGCGGACUAUGUUGUGCAUUUCAUGAGAAGCAUUGGUAAACGGACAUGUGCAGUCCCGUAUGCAUUGACAUUGCAGGGUCUUAAAAAUCUCGCAAUGAAAAACUUUUUAAAAUCCAAAUAUACAAUUUCUUCGCGUAUAAAAUAUGGAGACAAUGCGAUUUUCUAUCAAACGACUGAAAUAAAGCCUAUUUUUGUUCGCGGUUUCUACAAAAUAUAUUUGAAUUAACAAGACCAUCGAAAAUAAAUGGGAAAAAUGCAUGCUAUGUAAGUUAUCAUUUUUUGCCCAGUCUGGUUUCUACAGGAGAUUGAAAAGCUGUUCAUUCAAAAGCUGACACCUUGUCGAAUCCGAAAUAUUAUAGGAUUAGUCCGUAGGAUAACCAGUACUACAACCGCACCAUAAGUAAUUCUUCCUAAUCGAAAAAACAUGUCAAAAUUUUAGCUAAAAUUUCAGGAGAUCUGUCAUUCACAGUAUGUCUUGGAUGAGACAGGCGGCACUCCCUGUGACAGCGCUGUGGGAAUAUCACAGGCUAUCCACAAGAGAUUUGCGCAGCUUCCUCGUCACCUACUAUGCGAAUUAAACACUACUCAUUUACGUUAGACACCUCAGAAUUGUUGGAGGACAUCAGAAGUAAGCGGGCCUCGAAACAGUCCGCCAAAGCAUGGCGGUAUCGACUGAGCUUUCGUUAUUUGACUUUUUCAUUGGAGACGACAGUUGAUCGGGUUCUGGUGAACUGACUCACAUGGUGAAGUACCCUCCUAGGCAUCACUGAGGCUGAUUAAACAGAGCAUGGUUUUGUUCCUUCCAGAUACCCUGGUGACAGCCUUAAAUAGUUCUGACUGAAACGAAGUUUGGAAGCGAUAUUAUAGCCCCGGCCUGUGAAUAUGAGAUAUUUCAUCAUUAGAAGAGCGUUUCCUUUUCAUACCAUUUUUAAUCAUUACCCCUCUUUUUUGUGUUCUGAUUACUCAAAACAGAUAUUCCUCGAGCCCUUAAGGGAUUCGAUUCUCUCUGCUUAGCUUAAUUGGCUUAUUGCAGAGUUCGGGAAAUACUGAGACAUACGAAGUAUCGGACAUACGAAGUAACGGACGGCUCUGCAGAACAGGAUCACGUAAUCAGUGGGCAUUAUAUUUCGUAGUUCAGUCAUCACUGCUUGGGGGAACUAUCACUGUCUGCGCUGUCACUGGCCAGCGUCGAACCAGAUGUUCAGAGUGGAGACCUCAGAUUUCUCGCCUAUGAAAGUCAUUAUAAUGAUAACUGUCAUACGAAGCCAGGGCAUCCUAAACUUCACUCUGCCGAGGAGGGAGAUAUCGCAUCCAUCGCCAAACUUCCAGACCAUGAGAACGGUCCGUUGUGAUAAGUCGCACUUUGUUUGUUGACGGCCCCUUAUCCGUGGAUGCCUCUGCUGAUGGGUUCGAGCGGCAAUACAAAAUGUCAGCCGGAUAGAAUUCUUGUUCCACUGACAUAUUCUCAGUCAUCUUGAGAUUUUCACAUCUCGACAGCAGCUGGCAAAACUUUUCACUAGAGCCAAUUAGAGACGACUGUUUCUGGCAAAUUGUUUGGCUUGGCUUUAAGCCACGAUGUGCACCUUUUUAUGAACAGUCUAAUGCUAUAUUAGGCUUCAGCCUUCGCUCACGGAAGGCCGAGCCUUCGGAGAAGGACACAUGCUCCUAAAAUGUUGUAAAAUCCAGGGUUUUUGUCCCAUGGGCGAUGUUAAGAAACACAAAACAUUGUACAACCAAGCUUACUUUAUUAUUAAACGCGACCCCGCUUAUGCGCUGUUGUUUGCUUGAAAACGUACCCAAACUUGAACGUCGGAACAUUCCCUGCUCUAUGCUUUAAACACGACGACUGGCUUAAUUGGAACUGACAAUUUUAUUACUCGAAGGGCGAUUGUAUGUGAGGCGGGUAGACUUCAUUUCGGCAUCCUUGUCAGAGGAAACGUUAUCUUUGGUGUCUUUUCUAGAAAACAAGCAAUGUCCUAGAGGAGGCUGCUGGGGCCAUUGUCGAGCCGUGCGCAGACGUGACGCAGACUCCGGAUGAUUUGCUCUCCUUCAAGUCUUCAUCUGUCAGCGAGUAAGCACGCGUCCGUUUCUGCUUGUAGCCCCUCCCCCCUCCCCCCUCGUCAAGCCAGCUGAUGUCUCACGUCGCAAUGUCCCUUAUUCCUCAAGAAGGACUUUUGUGCGUUUUGUCAUCUUUUACAGAGCCUACAACUUACUCUUUGAUGGAGCCGUACAAAAGUCCGAGGUGCAAACCGUUAUGCCUUACGCUCGGAUGCAAUACGUGAGUGUACUGCAUUCUAACAUGCGAAUCCACUCUCAAAUUUUUGAAACAGUGCCUUUGCAAUGACUGAUCGAUCUCAUGAAAUGUUGGCCGAAAUUCUGAAAGGCGUUUUCGAUUAGAAAGGAUUACUUAGGCGCGGUUGGGACACUAACUAUCUUGUGGCAUAAUCUUAUAACAUUUCAGACUCGGCAAGAUGUCAGCUUUUGAAUGUACUUCCUUUCGACCUCAUGUAGAAACCGUACUCUGUAAAGAAUGACUACCUAAUAAGCAUGCAUUUUUCCUAUAAAUUUUCGAUUGUAUUGCAAAUCCAACUGUAUAUCAUGAAAAAACAGAUAAAAAAUGCUCUCGUUUACUCGUUUUAUAGGGAAUCACGUCUUCUUUUUAUUGUAUACUUGAAGAAGGAGUACAAUUGGGUUUUUAAAAAGUUUUCUAAUUCCCGAAUACUUUGGUGCCUGAUCAGCCAUUAUACUAGUGCUAAAUGAUAUCAGUCUACAUGGUGCAUGAGCUCCGUGUAUGGGAAAUCAUAUAUUCUUCAACGCCUUUGAAGAGAUACCAUAUAGAGUCCAUAAAAUUUUGCAAUGGAUGCGGACCUUGUUGUACAUUUCAUGAGGAGCAGUGGUAAACGGACGGGUACGAUGCUGUGUAAAUGGACAUUACACAGUCUUGAACAAUUUAAUAAUUUAAAACCUUUUUAAAACCCAAUUAUACUCCUUCUUCAAGCAUGCAAUAAAAAGAGGACGUGAUUCCCUAUAAAAUGAGUAAACGAGAGCGUUUUUUAUCCGUUUUUUUCAUGAAGUAUAGUUGAAUUUGCAGUACCAUCGAAAAUUAAUGGGAAAAAUGCAUGCUAAUUAUGUAGUUAUUCUUUACCGAGUACGGUUUCCACAGAAGGUCGAAAGGAAGUACAGCCAAAAGCUGACAUCCUGCCAAGUCUGAAAUGUAAUAAGAUUAUGCAACAAGAUAAUUAGUGUUACAACCGCGCCUAAGUAAUCCUUCCUAAUCGAAAACGCAUUUCGGAAUUUCGGCCAACAUUACAUGAGAUCGGUCACGCACUGUACACAAAGCGCCGCUUUGCAUUUAAUGUUUUAAAUAGGCCGUAUGUUGCCCUCACACUUCCGACAAAUUCUUCUUCGAAGGUAGGCUUCCGCACGUCAUGUCAUAAAAAUUCCGAACGAGCGAAAACUCACGAGCCCACUCGAAGCUGUCCGAUAGCUUUUAAGUCAAAAAAUAUUGCUAAGCUAAUCGUGUGUCAUUGCUUUUUGGGGCGUAUGUUAAUUACAUCGUACUUAUUUGUCUCCAGAGAAGACAUAAUUAACUCCCGGAUUGCUGACCAAGUUUGAGAUGCGUUAAGUCAAACGGUAAACGGUUGACUCCGGAACGGCAAACACUUCUUCGAUCCUGAGCUGUAUGGCAACGUUGUCGUCUUCAUCUAACAUGUUGAUUCUGUAGAGCUCGUGAUGCCAUGAUGAUCACAAAAGUGACAAGCAAUUAGAUAUACCCAACACGGCAGACCAUGCUUGACUGACAGACACUUUAGGCGGUCAAGGCAAUCUCAUUUAAUUACAUCAACAACUCUCGUAUUAUAUCCUUUGCCCGUUGGUUAUCGAUACUUAAGAAGAUGAGGUAAGUUUUCCAAACUAUCUAGAAACCACAGCCCUCCCUAUCUUAUACAAGUCGUAAGAGUGCGUCGACCAGUAGUUGCUAGUUCAAACGCAUAAGUCAUAUGAUACCACAGGUUUACUAAUCCUGACUAUGACGGCAGUUUAGUUUUGCAAAAUGUAAUUUACUAUUUUUUGGAUUCUGGUAUGUUUUUCGGCGCAAGCGAUUAUCACUAGGUCCUCAACGCGUGCGUACGCAUAGCAAAGUAUCUGGACUGUCUCGCUAUAAUGUGCACUGGAAUUCUAAAAUGUGUUCACAAUCACGAAGAAUUACCUAGGUGAGGUCGUAGUAUCGAUUAGCAUGCAGCUUAUUUCCAAGCUUAUAUAAUCAGGCCACGAUGUUUGCCGAUGGAUGAGCCUCCUUCCAGCCGCCUACAGAAACCGCACCGACAUCCAAUGCCUUUAUAAAUUUGCCUUGUUUAAUUUCCUAGGAAAUUAGUGCGCUAACUUGGAGUAAAUCUUUCGAAAGGGGCCUUUUAAGGCACGGUCCAAAGUUUGAUAUGAAUAUUUGGGCUGAAAUCCAUCAGCUACUGCGGAACAACUGCUUAAUAUUUACAAACCGCCAACAGGCAGCCAGCAGUAUAGAACUAUGCAAUGAUUUACCACAGGUAUUAGCCAGAAAAGGCCCGUUUCGAAAGAGUUACUCCAAGUUCGCGCAUUAAUUUCCUCGGAAAUUAAGCAAGGCAAGUUGAAACUGGAGUUCAUAUACCAGAAAACACACGGGGAAAGCUGGGGGACCCACUGACGAGCCGAACCCCUCGCAGCUGCUUCAGGCAGCGGCACAAGAUCGGCAAAACAGGCGUGUCCGGGCUUUUAGCUUAUACCUGUGUUGUUAGUACGGUAAAUCAUGGCACAGCCUUUAUAACCUUAUGCAGAACACACGCCCAAAAGUAUUCUUUCUUACAGGCAGAUCAUUCUGAGUCCUUCUUGUAAACUCUGUUUUCGGUUGACCUGAAUAUCCGAAGCAUUAUUGAAAAGCGCGAGCGGACGGCCAGAUUCCACCCCAUGUUAUCCUCACACUUGUGCGCAAAAUUUUGAACAUCCAAAUCGCAGUGCUCAUAAGGGCCAAUACAGCGGGGCUAAUGCUAAACUGGGGGGGGGGGGUCAGUUGGUCACUGUCCCACUGAUCCACGCCUUCUUCCAAUGAUUUGAGGCAUUCUGCCCUAAUACAGACGGUACAGUACGAUAAAACUUUCGGUAGAAAUUUAUUUAUCUUCUUCGUCUUCUUGCUCUCCGUCCUGUGUGUUGCCACACACGUGAACCCCCCCCCCCACAACCACCAUUCAACGUAAGGAUCGGGUGAAGGCCCCCAAGCAUCUGUGGCAUACAAAGAAUACCUACUAUACUCAUUUAAGUUAGUUUGGGUCGCACACGAUUAUUUCGCUUUGGUGUUUCAUCUUACAAGGUUAGAUCGUCUGCUGUAGACGGUCUAUUGCAUUAUCUACUAUGAACUCUGCUCAGACAGUUGAGAAGCGAUCGUUGUAGACAGUCUGGCGGAUUAUUUGUAAUGACCUCAGCUCAGACAGUUGAGAAGCGAUCGUUGUAGACAGUCUGGUGGAUUAUUUGUAAUAACCUCAGCUUAGAGAGUUGAGAAGCGAUCGUUGUAGACACUCAAUGUUUAUUUUUUUAAUUGCCCUGCUUAAUUUCGGUUCCUAUAUGUCAAUGCAUUAAGACUUUCCAGCCGGAAAAACAAAUGUACCAGUUAACUAUACUUAUUUUGCAAUUCCUCUAUGCAUAAAUAGGCCCAGCCCGUAAAAUCCAUAUUACCACCUUUUCCGUAAGAAGGCACCUUUGGCUGGUCGUGUGCGUUUGGGGCCCUUAACCCGAUCGUUGUUGCCACUGAAAACAUUAGUGGAUCCGAGUAUCUACCCCCUUUUCAAGAAACAGGGCGGCUUCUAGCCAAUUUGUUCAGACUCCUCUUUUGUGGAAGGAUGUUCUGUAACUCAGUUUGGUUAAAAAGAAUACUUCGGCAGUACAGUCAGUGUUCGAUCUCAUGAAAUUUUGGCUGAAAUUGUGAACUGCGUAUUCAAUUAGACAGGAAAUGCAACACUAAUUUGCUUGCGACACAUUGCUAUAAACUUUUGGACACGCCGGGAUGUUGGCUUUAGCAUGUGUUUCUUUUCGGCCGCCUGCAGUGACGGCACUCAUUAGACAAUGACUACUAACGCAGUAGGCACUUUUGUAUUGAUUUUCGAUACCCUAAUAAUUUCAAUUAUAUUUUGUAGAAACACGCUUAUAAUUAUUCUUUUUACUUUCAUUUGGUAAAGAUCAACACCUUCUACAAAUUUUACGCGCGAAGAAAGAGUAUCUUCCGGUUUUUUAAAAAAAGUUUCUCAGUUUCAAAAUAAUUUUUAGCUUGGGCUGCCGCUGUAUUUGCGUUUAAGGUCCCACAGUCAACCAACAACAUAUUUUCCGUGUAAAAAAAAACAUUAUUUCGUCUACUCCAUUAGUAUGUACCAUAGAGGGGCAAUGCGACCUUUCUACAUAUGCAAACUAUGUUGCAGGUUUCAUGAGGAACAUUAUUAAACAGACAGACACAAUGCUGUUUGAAUGGACAUUGCACAGACUUCGAAAUCUCAGAAGUAAGAACUUUUUACUACCGAAGCAUAUUCUCUCUUCGAGUAUUGGUUUUGAAUAAGACGUGAUGUGCUACCAAGUGAAUACAAGGAGGAAUAUUUUAUGUGUUUUUUUCUACGAAAUACAUAUGAAUUUAUUAGAGCAUGGAAAAUCAGUCGAAAAGGUGGCUUUCACUUAAGUAGUCGUUUUGUUACCGAGUGUAGUCAUCGCAGGCGGCCAAAAAGAAGUGCAUUUAAAGGCCACCAUCCUGACGUGUCCCAAAUAUGGCGACAUUUUGCUGCUAGAUAAGUCCCUUUGCAAACCCACUUGAGUAAUUCUUUCUAAUCGCAUAAGCAUUUUGCAAUUUCGGCUCACCUUUCAUGAGAUCAAACAUUGUUACGGCAAAAGGCAUUGCGCAACUUUCAAAGAGCAGUUGGCGGCGUGGGGUUAGUUUUGCCUGGGGGCUGACAAUGAAUCUGGCUCGAAUAACAGAAUUUCUUCAAGUGCUACUGUGAACAAACGGGAAUCUCUUUGUUACCGCUGUGCCAACGGCGCCCGCAUGCAUUUUUCGGCGAAAGCUGAACAUGUACUGUAGGAGUUAUCAUGUACGAUUAUAUACAGCGAGUGUGCCAACUCAUGAAAUGUUAACCGAAAUUAUGAAAUGCGUUUAACUUCCGAAAAGCUGGCUCAAAUAGGGCUUUAAAUUUCAUCAUCGCGCGGCAUAAUUCUAUAAGAAUUCAGUCACCUCGAGAUGCCGGCUUCUGAACGAACUUCCUUCCGCCCGCUAGCCGAAACCACACUCGAUAAAAAACGACUACUUAAGUAGCGUGAAUUGUUCUCAUUGAUUUUCGGUCCCUCUAGAAAUCCAAUUACAUUUUUUGGAAAACGUGCAUAAUAAUACGCCUUCUUUUACUCAUUCGGUAGAAAAUUUUAUACUUGAAGAAAGAUAUCAUUCGGUUUUCAAAAACGUUUCCUAUUUCCGAAUAAUUUUGAACCCGACCUGCGGUUGCACUUGUAUUCUAGGUUUCAAAACUACAAGCCGAAUAUUUUCCACGCAUAGAAAACCAUGCAUUUAUAUACGUUAUUAAGUGGGGGACAUAUAGGAUUCAUAAAAUUUAACAGUGGAUUUGAGGCAUAUUGUAAACUUAACAAGCAAAAUUGGUAAAUGCUGUGACACGGUGUUUUAUGAACGGGCAUGUCACGGUUUUAAACAAUCUCGUAGGUAGUAACAUUGUCAAAACAAAAUAAUACCUCUCCUUCAAAUAUAUUAGGCGCGUAUUCCAUGAAGCAUAAUUAAAUUUUUAGGGACAUCGAAAAUUGACGAGAACAAUUCGUGAUACUUAAGUAGUCGUUUUUUAUUCAGUGUGGUUUCAACCUGUGGCCGGUACGAAGUUCGUCCAAAAGCCGGUAUCUCGAGGUGGCUGAAUUAUUAUAGAAUUAUGUGGCGCUAUAAUUAAUUUUAAAACACGACCUAAGCAAUCUGUUCGAAACGAAAACGCAUUUCAUUAUUUCGGUUAAAAUCUCAUGAGUUAGCACACCUACUAUACAACAUUUUCAGCAUGCAUGCCCAUCUUUGUCUGUUUCCCGCAGUCUGAUUUCACUAAUGAUUUUUUGGCAUCAUCAAAUAUUCCCGUAAGUGUCAUUUUUAUCGAGCUCUCUACAGACGUCCUCAUCUUGCUCCUCCGUGUACGCAGCUUUAUUUCAUUGCGCGCCAAUUUAAAUUCGGUGUGCUCAUAUACUCGCAAUUUUUUUUACUGACUAGCCGAUAUCUUUGUCGGGGCCAGCUGCUUUGCACACUCCCACUUUAUUCUUACACUAAACUUAAGCAUUUCUUAUGUGUGUAUGCUUAUCGGCAAAGAACCUUGCCGAACGACACACAAAACCCACCACGAUGAACGCCGAAAAGAAAACUUUGUUCCUCAAAGUCCCUUUCCAAGGAGACGCUGCAAGUGAGCUCCUAAGAAGACGUCUUGACCAAGCUGUCUCGGGAACCAUCCCAACAGCAAGGGUUCGCAUAUCAUUCUCUACCAACCCUAUUUGAUGCGGAAAAGGCAAGGAUGGGCUGCCAACUCAGACCGCCUCAAUGUGCAUCUACUCAUUCACUUGCUCCUGUGGAGCAGGUUAUAUUGAUCGUACGAGUCUGCGCCAUUCCACAAGAAUACGAGAGCACUUUCCCGCAUGGCUGGCAAAAGGUGAAACUAGGAGAAUAGACAGCGCCAUCCUUGCACAUGCAUCGUGUGGACUCCGCUGAAGCAUUUCUUGUGACUUAUAAGGUCUCCUAGAGCUACCCUAAGCUACUGGACCAGCGCCUGUUAGCAACAGCAGAAGCGGCCGCCAUAAGGUUACGAAAACCGACCCUAUGCGCCCAGAAGAAUCUCGUUCAGGCUCUACUCCUACCGUGGUCAGAGGUUGAUUAACCACAUAAAACUUUCUGCGCUCUUCCGCUCUUACCUAGCCUGCAUUUUAAAAACUAACUUUUAUCGACUUUUUCGCUCACUGUACUGACGAGAAGUUGUCGAAAGCAACGUUCGCUCGCCACAUUUGGCGAUCUUCACAACUCUAAAACAGUCAUUUAAAUCUUGGGAUACAAGAAAUAGACCGGUGUUCACCGAUGGCGUUACGGUGCCUUAGGCUUCCCCUUUAGCCCAGCCAGCAGCCAAAUAGCGCGCGGAAUACAGGCAGAGUAACAUUAUCGACAAAGACAAGGAACACCGGAAUGACUAUUUCUGGCUUAUUAGUUGUUGUCAGCCAGUCAUACUCAACCCCGAGAUGUGGAACACCUGGGGCUCGAUCCCGCGACCUGUUGGUUAGACGUUCGACGCCCCCAACCACUGAGACACGGGCUCGUUGUCUCGUUCGCUGCUAUCGGGAAUAUAAAUUGGUAGGGGAGGGAGGGUCACUCACAGAUCGCGUUACCGGUCACACUCGUCUCGUUGUGCCUUGCAGCUCUCUCUCUCGAUUGCAGACGACAAGGCAACGAGACCGUGACUCAAUGAUUAAGGACGCUGGACUUCUAACCAACAGGUCGCAUGAUCAAUCCUCAGGUGUUCCACACCUCGAAGUUGGGUAUGACUGGCUGACGACGGCUAAUAAGCCAGAAAUGGUCAUUCCAGUCUCCCUUGUCUUUGUCGGUAAUGAAGCGAGACUACAGUGGCAAUUGUCGGCUUACUCACUGUAAUCAGUCGUACCUCACAUGUGGAUACUUACACCACGAGUCUCCAGCCCGGGUCCGGUUCUCUAUCAAUUAUUAAAGUUAAUGGCGGCAGCCGAUUAAUCCAGAUGACACGAUCUGCCCACUUGCAUCCUUCAAUUAGGCGGGGUUGAUGAGCGCGAAUUCCAUGUGAUAUGCCUUUUUAUUGGGUGGUCCAUUUUUAAUUGGUUCACUCGACGCAGGCUAAUAUUUCCGUCUGUAAGUAUGAAGAAGGCUGGGAUUACUGUUUCUGAGUUAUUUACUAUCGCCAUCUAGUCAUGCGGCAGAGACGGAAGAGCGCCUAGGUCUGAAAUCGGGUUGAGUGUUUUAAGGUGAGAGCUUAACCACUUCAGGCCCGGUCGCACAUCCCGUCAGUUUCGAUCGAGGCCAUGAUCCAGUUGAGAGCCACAGCUGUACGGCACUGCAAAGGGGAUCGAACCUCUGCCGCCCAACCCCUUGUCCUCCACCCUGAGGGAUUACGCCUGCUAUUGGUGCGAACUUGCCUACCAAGCUGUGCAUGCUCUGUUGACUGGGUUUCGUUGCAAUUAUUGCCUUUCUUCGAAUUGUGUCCCUGAAACUGGCCACGCGACAGGUAUGUUAGACCAACAUGGGGGCCAUAUCGGGGCUUGGCGGACGUUAUUUGGGAUUCGCACCCAUGGCAAAUACAACACAUGGGGAUGCGCUGGCACGCCUAAGUGCGGGCUCGCGCCGCGCAAGCCACUUGCACCCGACCUCGCCCCAGUAAUCUUGACUUUGCCAUGACACCGGCCUCAGGCUGAUGAGGGAAAAAAGUGCGGUAGAUGCAGCGCAAGUUUACAAUCACCGUCCCUGAGCCCACCAUAUUGUGGUGCACAUGGUGGACAUCAGAAGGAUCGAUGACCGACCUGUCUUCUCCCAGAUGACUGACACCCGAAUCAAUAACACGCCGAUUGGUUCAUUUUUCACACUUUGAGCUGUUCUCGUCAAUUUUAAACAAGUAGCCAAACGAAGUGAGCUGCGUUUAAAUAUUCCGGGGGUGAACUGUGAUUUGCAGUUAUCCGGUGACCGAAGAAACAUAAAGAUGGUGAUAACCACCGUUAUGCUGGAUAAGUAGAUUUUAAAAAAAAACUUCAGCUAAGUUAAGAAAAGGAUUAGAUUUCUUUUUUAUUGUCCCUUUCUGCGGGGUUUAUAUUCUAUGUAUUGUGGCUUUAUAAAAGUGUAAAUGUUGACUUGACCACUUAUCACACCUGAUAAAUCACAGGGUUUUAUUAAUGAUAGGCGGUUUCCCUUUUCAUACCCUGUCGGUUUCUUGGUUGAUAUUUCUGGCUAGGUUCCAUUAUGCCAACCGACGUAGUGUUGGCAAAAAUGUACCGAAGUUGUUUGAGAAAUGAGAGUCUACUUAAGAUUGAGACCGAUAAAGGACUUGCUACGCUUGUUUCUGCAUUCGCUGAAUCUGAGAGCUGUACAAGUAGUCCACAAGUUAUUACUUCCAUCUCGUUCAGUUCUCAGGCUUAUUAGGGAGCAGGAGAGGCGACCGAACAGAUGUCUUUACGGUAUGUCUGCAAAAGCGCAGGAAAGUGAGGCAUUGAAUGUGUAUGAAACGUGCGAGGGUGACUGUGCUGCGACUUCAUCAUUUGCUGACAAAAAAUCACCGUAGGUGCAUCCCCGGGUGAGUAAACGGAGCGCGAGAUUGUGUGGCAAACUAUUGUGCAAACUGAAGCAGUAGGGGGUGGGUGCGUCUCAACUUGUGAUGCUUAUCGUCAACAAUGUGGAUGCCGCUGGUGGCGUCAAGGUUCAGGCUUGAAGAAACUCUUGCCAGUGUCUACCAAUUGUGACUCAGUAUUUUCUGCGUCCACGUGAUUGAUGAACUUCCGGAGCAGUGGUUUCCGCGGCAGUGCGUGGUUGGCAAUCACACUUUUUGCUCUUCAACGCAAGGUAACUUUUGACUCGAGGCAAUUAACUACUGCACAGAGAGCCCUGAUUUUCUCGGGCGUGCUUUCGUUCAAGACUGUCUGUAGUAUAUGCUAGAGCUGGUGACACAAGACUUCUGGCGAAGCGCCUUUCACUGCACUGGUGCUAAAUGAGCCAGGCCUGCAAUAUCAGUAGACGGACCGCCCGCCUGCUCUAUGGGUGUAGUCAGGUCUGGUUCAGUGACUGUUGUCUUGGUGACACCGGAUGGAGAAGUCGUUGGUUCCCUCUUACCUGAAGGGGUGACCUUCGGUUUCUUCGGCAUCGCAUAAUCAAGCAAUAUCUCAACGGACUGAUAUAUCCUCGAUAUAGAAAGCCUGGCUGGAGUGGUAAAGUUAUAUUAUAGGGCAGAGUGAAGGAGGUUUGGGAGAACGAUAUGAGGUCUCAACGAACACGCACACAGUUUAAAGAAUCGAAAGGAAACAAGGAAACAACUGAGAAUCACAAUUAGGUUUCAAAGAAACAAAACUCACUGACUCUUACCCUGUGUUGAGAGAUGCUUUUCCACAUUCUGCCACAAAACACCGAGAAAAGAAAACUUAGCUCUUGUCACCACACUUCCAGUCUCUCCCUUCGGCCGGUCUUUUAUUUGUCCACAUUUAAACAAACCAGUCCUUAUAGGGUUCUCCGCACUCCCCAGACCAGGCGCAAUGUCAUCUUCAUAUGAUGAUUGCUUUUGGGGCUGCCUGUUUUCAGCGCCACGGAUUCUUCACAUCUUUUAGCUAUGCCCUAGUUUUUUGCAGCAGAAUUUGAUAGAAUGGUAUUACCAAAAAGACAAGGGAGACUGCGAUGGCCAUUUCUGCUUAUUAGCUCUCGUCAGCCAGUUAUACCCAACCCCGAAGUGUGGAACACCUAGGGCUCGCUCCCGCGACCUAUGAGUUAGAAGUCCAACGCCUCUAACCACUGAUCCACGGGCACGUUGCCCUGUCGGAUUUGAUCGGGAACACACAAUGGUAGAGGGGCGCUCACAGAUCGUUCUUACGGAACCCACUCGCCCUGUUGUGCCUUGCGGACUCUCUCUUGAGCCCAACCAGCAGCCGCACAGCGGCGCAUGAUAUAGGCAGGAUGGCUGACGACGGCUUAUAGGCCAGAAAUGGCCAUUCCAGUCUCCCUUCUCUUUGUCGGUAAUACCAUUCUGCCUAAAUAUCAUGCGCCGCUGUGCGGCUGCUGGUUGGGCUCUAGAAAGAGCCCGUAAGGCACAACGGGACGAGUGACUUCCGUAGAAAAACGAUCGGUGAGCGUCCCUCUACCACAGCAGAAUUUGAAUUUGUGCAGGGGUCUUCAGGACUUCCACCCAAACAGUAUGCCACGGAACGGAGUGCGACCACCAGUACUACUGACUCAGAUAAAGCAGAGCAGAAUGUAAUUUCCUGGCCAGAAUCUUUACGCCAGUCGUCGAUACCACAUCCUCAGGCAGAACGCCAUUGUUCUAAACCUGAAUCACCUGGCCGUCUGUUAUUUCUAGGCCAAACGCUGUCCCACUUUAGCCAUGGGCCUAUAGUUACUGAUAGCGAGUUUCAGUGCCAAAACCUCUGUGAGCUCGAUACUCGAUAUCUAAGCUUAAAUGCAAAUUCCCAUUUGCCUUCAGCAAAAAUGCCUGCUAGGUGAAUGCUGUUUACAUGCGAUUGAGAAAUCCUUACCGUGUGGAAUGCCGGUUUUCCAAAACAGAUAUCGCCUGCAGAACGCACGUUGCCUUCAUUCGUGUCCCGUGAUCCGUGCCAUUUCGAAAACAUCGUUGUUUUUCAUGCGUGCUUCGUGUGUCAAGUUUACUAGCAUGCACGCUCUACGAAAGCUCGGCUGUUAUCAAUUUCGUGUUCUUGGACGUGUUUUGCUACCAUAUGUAGCAAAACUGGGCUACUGGAUUAUGUCCACACCCAAUAAAGUCCAACUCGCACAAAUUUUCUGUUGGAAUGCAUGGAUUUAUUAAAGUAAAAACCAAAAUAAACGCUACUUUCUCGACACGCUGAUAAAAAGUAAACUGUGUUCACGUUCUUACGACAGCUACCACUGUUAUUUGCAUGACAUUCUAAAAUUCAUUGCAAAUUAAUGAACCACGUUAGAGGGGACCCGGCAUCGGUAGACUGUAUCAGGUGGGUUUUAUUUUGAGAUUCAUUUGCAGGCUGUUGCAGACAUUACACUACCAACAACAAUUUCUCCAUCUGACCUCAAACCAUUACUCAAACUUUUUUUUUACUUUUAAAAUUUACUUUUUUCGACUUUUUUAUUGAUCCACUCAUUUCCGCUGCAAUACGAAAGCAUACGAUAACUGUCGGCAGAAACCCAAACAAUUUCUGUGUUUUCUUGCAUCUUGUCAGCUUACUGUCUGGCGUGCUGCCCCACACGUAAAACCCUUACCACCACCAUUCACGUAUGACACGAUCCAAAGUCUAUAGACAGUCAAGUGGGGUCAUUCACCCUAUCGUUUCCGGGGUUAUUUUUAUAAAUAGUCUAACCCUAUCUGACCAGUGUAUCCUCAAAAACCCUUCAUUUCUUAGUAUGUAAAUUGGCCGGGCUCUAUGUUGUAGGCUUCCUGAAUGACCACUGGGACCGGGAUUCAGACCUCUUUGUCUCUGAACAAUGAGAAAAAAUAGGCUUUCUAGUCUCUCUAAUCCGCAUCACUAACGCUGUCCAAUAAUUCUCCUCAUCCAGUCGCUUCUUAUUUGCAUUCGCGCUUAAUUCGUAUCAGAACUGCCGCGUGUAGAACUUCCAAAUUCCUGACUGAGACCAGUUUUAUAAUCUUCCUAAAAAACGAAACUUUGCUUCGAUAAAACACUUAAUGCACCAGAUUCAUACAGAUGCACGCAAACCUGGUGAUUGCUCUAUUUAUGUCUUUUCCAGCUUCUUCACCCGAUUCUAACAAAUAUCGGAUGCGUGGCGCACACCUGCGAUAACGACCUCCACUUCGUCUGCCUUCUUGAGCAUGCGUAG